AUGAAAGGGGAAUUAAGGGGAGUAGCUAUCUCAAGAGGAGGGAUAAGGAUCAAUCACCUACUAUUUGCAGAUGAUUCCGUCAUCUUUGGUAGAGUUAGUAUUGCAGAAUUGAAGAGGAUUCAGGGGCUACUUGACAUUUAUGGAAAAGCUUUGGGAAAAUGUCUCAAUGAGAAGAAAAUCACCAUCUUCUUAAGCUCAAAUACUCAUUGGGGAGUUAGAACUCAGAUUCAGCAAGGGGCAGGAGUUGCAAUUUGCGGUAGCUAUGAAAAAUAUCUUAGACUUCCUGCUGUGGUGGGGAGGUCAAGGUAUUAUACUUUUAGGAGUUUGAAGGAGAGGGUGUGGGCAAAAGUUAAUAGUUGGAAGAAUAAUUUUCUUUCUCAAGCAGGAAAGGAAAUCCUUCUUAAAGCAGUGGUGCAGGUGAUACCAACUUAUUCAAUGAGUGUUUUUAGGCUGCCCAUAAGACUUUGCAAAGACAUAUCAUCAGUUAUGUCCAGAUUUUGGUGGGUUCACAUGAAGAACGAUAAGAGAAUACAAUGGAGAAGGGAGUUAAUGCAGGCUAAAAUUGGCUUUGGGCCAUCGAUGAUAUGGAGAAGCCUGUGGUAUGCAAUAAGUUUGAUCAAGGAGGGGGUGGCUUAG